AGAAACAAACAACGUUGUAAUCUAAAUUCAUUCAUCUAUUUUUAUUUAGUAUUUUCUAAAAUAAUAUGACAUUGUAGUUUUUGCCGUUGAAACCGCGAAAUUCCCUCUUCUCUCUUUUUCCUUUCCCUCCUCGUUAAUCUCUCAACAAGUCUUCUUCUUUUUCUUCUUGCCUUUCUUAUUUUCUUCUCUUUUUCAUUCCUUCUUCUUUCUCUCUAUUCUUUCACCGACCCUUUUAUUUCUAUUCAAUUGGGUCGGCAAUGAACUAGAGUUUCUUUUAUUUUCAUUUUGAUUUUCUCUUUUGUUGCUUUCUAUUGAAGCUACGUUCUAAUAAUAAUAAUAAUAACAAUAAUGGAUCGUGUUAGAGGGUUGAUUCUUGUUAUCCAACUAUGUUUCUUUAUUGCUUCUAAUGCCAAUUUGGUUUUUCCUGUUGAGCGUAAAUUCAAAGGACCUCAUCAUAGUUUAGAUGCAAUCAAAUCUCAUGAUGAUAGAAGACGUGGUAGAUUUUUAUCUGCUGUUGAUAUUCCUCUUGGUGGCAAUGGUCUUCCUUCUUCAACUGGGUUGUAUUAUACCAAACUAGGUCUUGGCACUCCUGCCAAGGAUUUCUAUGUGCAAGUUGAUACAGGAAGUGAUAUUCUUUGGGUGAAUUGUGUCGGCUGCACCGCAUGUCCCAAGAAGAGUGGUCUUGGUAUGGAUUUAACCCUCUAUGACCCGAAUGGCUCAAAAACUUCAAAGGCGGUUUCUUGUGAUGACGAUUAUUGCACUUCCACAUAUGAUGGUCCAAUUUCUGGAUGCAAACAAGACAUGUCCUGCCCUUACAGCAUAACUUAUGGAGAUGGAAGUACAACCGCUGGAUCCUUUGUGAAUGAUUCUCUUACAUUCAACCAAGUAAAUGGUAAUCUCCAUACUGCAGCAGAAAAUAGCAGUGUGGUUUUUGGGUGCGGCGCUAAACAAUCUGGGACAUUGGGUUCAUCUUCUGAUGAAGCCCUUGAUGGAAUCAUUGGUUUUGGACAAUCAAAUUCUUCUGUGCUUUCACAGCUUGCUGCAUCUGGAAAGGUGAAAAGAAUAUUUUCGCACUGCCUUGAUAGUAUCAAUGGAGGAGGAACAUUUUCCAUAGGGGAAGUGGUGGAGCCAAAAUUUAACACUACUCCAUUGGUACCAAAUAUGGCACACUACAAUGUGAUUUUGAAGGACAUGGAGAUUGAUGGAGAGACUGUACGACUCCCGUUAGAUUUAUUUGGUUCUGGAAGUGGAAGAGGAACAAUAAUCGACAGUGGUACAACCUUGGCUUAUAUUCCAGCGUCAAUUUACGACCAGAUAGUACCAAAAAUUUUGGGUCGGCAGAAGGGACUGAAAUUGUAUCUUGUUGAGGAGCAAUUUACUUGUUUUCAUUAUACCGAAAAUCUUGAUGAAGGAUUUCCAGUUAUCAAGUUUCACUUUGAAGGGCUUUCUUUGACAGCUUUUCCUCACGACUACCUGUUCCUAUAUAAAGAAGAUAUGUAUUGUAUAGGGUGGCAGAAAAGUAACACACAGACUAAGGAUGGAAAAGAUCUUAUUCUUCUUGGAGAUUUGGUUCUGUCAAACAAAUUAGUUGUAUAUGAUCUUGAAAAUAUGGAAAUUGGAUGGACCAAUUUCAAUUGUUCUUCAAGCAUUAAAGUGAAGGAUGAAAAGAGUGGAUCUGUAUAUACAGUGGAAGCACACGAUCUUUCUUCAGCUUCCAAAGUGUUAAUUGGAAGAAUAUUGACAUUCUUUUUGUUGAUAAUUGCUAUGUUAAGCACUUAAAUGACUAGGUUUACUAUAUACGAGGGAUGGCAAUUUUUCAUUUUGUUUUAACAUAAUUAUUUGAAUGUUACGCUUUGUUCAUAUAUGUUUAAACCAUUUCUCAUAUAGAGUGAAAUGUAACUGAGCAAGGGGAGCAAAACUUCAAAA